AUGGCGGAGAGUGAAGAAGCCUUCGGGCUGCCAGCAACAACACACAGCGAGUCCGAUCCCAAGGAACACUCUUCUGAAACUAAGCAGGACAGCCUGCUCGGAGCGGCCAACAAACCCCACUCCCCACAACAAGCUACAUAUACUCAACAGGGUAUGGAGGGAAUUAAAGUUUAUUUACAUGAGCGAGAGUUAUGGUUAAAAUUUCACGAGGUCGGGACAGAGAUGAUCAUUACUAAAGCGGGAAGGCGCAUGUUUCCCAGUUACAAAGUGAAGGUGACCGGGUUAAAUCCGAAGACAAAAUACAUUCUUUUAAUGGACAUCGUACCGGCGGAUGAUCACCGUUACAAAUUCGCUGAUAAUAAAUGGUCUGUGACGGGGAAGGCAGAACCCGCCAUGCCAGGCAGGCUGUACGUUCACCCGGAUUCACCUGCUACUGGGGCUCACUGGAUGAGACAGUUGGUCUCCUUCCAAAAGCUGAAACUUACCAAUAACCACCUGGACCCCUUCGGACACAUUAUUCUAAAUUCGAUGCACAAAUACCAACCCAGGCUCCAUAUCGUAAAGGCCGACGAAAAUAACGGAUUCGGCUCGAAAAACACUGCAUUCUGUACCCAUGUUUUCUCUGAAACCGCCUUUAUCGCAGUGACGUCCUACCAAAACCAUAAGAUUACGCAGCUUAAAAUAGAAAAUAAUCCCUUUGCAAAGGGAUUUCGCGGGAGCGAUGAUAUGGAGUUGCACAGAAUGUCUCGGAUGCAAAGUAAAGAGUACCCAGUGGUUCCCAGGAGCACGGUCAGGCAACGUGUGGGGUCCGCUGCGAAUCAGUUCAGCGGGGAGGUACGAGUGUUGCCCGUGUCCAACAACCUGAGCUCCCAGUACCAAUGCGAGAACGGCGUCUCCAGUUCGUCUCAAGAGCUGCUCCCUCCCAACCCGUAUUCACUCUCCCAGGAACAGAGUUCGCUCUAUCACUGCAAUAAAAGGAAAGAAGAAGACUGCAACUCGACUGAGCAUCCAUUCAAGAAGUCAUAUAUAGAGAGUCCUCCUCCAGAAGAUGACCCUUUCUACAGGUCCUCAAGUUACUCCCAACAGCAAAACCUUACUCCUUCUUAUAGGACUGACUCAGCACAACGGCAGGCAUGCAUGUAUGCUGGCUCUACAGCAGGAACGGACCCCGGCUCCAGCCUUGAUGACAUUAGUUGUAACACUUGGGCCACUGUUCCUUCAUACAGCAGCUGCACAGUGACUGCGAUGCAGCCCAUGGACCGAAUACCCUACCAACAUUUCUCAGCGCAUUUCACAUCAAGCCCAUUAAUGCCUCGCAUCUCUGGAGUUGCCAACCACACGUCUCCACAGAUAGGGGACACCCACAAUAUGUUUCAGCAUCAGACCUCAGUUUCCCACCAGCCCAUAGUCAGGCCAUGUGCUCCUCAAGCUACCAUUCAGUCUGCAAGCAAUCUUCAACCAGGUGACUACUUGUAUCCACAUGGCAUGUCAAGAACCCUCUCGCCACAUCAAUACCAUUCAGUACAUGGAGUUGGCAUGGUGCCAGAAUGGACUGAAAACAGCUAA